UCUGAUUGGUCAAUAUUGUUAAUACACGAGAAACAUGGCUGACGUCGUUGCCGAAGUUUUACGUGAAGCUGCCGAAAAAGAAGCUCGUUUCAAAAGUAUCGAAGUUCAGAAAGAUGUUGAACUUGAUUUUGACCAAGGAAAUUUGCUUGCAUCAGAUCCUAAUCCUCUUGAUUUGAAAAAAUUAAGGCAAAACAAAGAUGAUUAUCUUUUGAAUUUGGCAAGAGACAAUACACAACUACUUAUCAACAAACUAUGGCAGCUCCCAACAGAGAAGAAUGAUGGCAUUGUAAAUGUUAAGCUUCCAGAUACGAUAACAGUUAUUCCAAGGGAAAAGCCUGCACCAAAACCCAAACCCCUAACAAAAUGGGAACAGUUUGCUAAAGUGAAAGGAAUUACAAAGAAGAAAAAGAGUCGAAUGGUGUGGGAUGAUGUAGCAAAGGAUUGGCGUCCUCGUUGGGGUUAUAAAAGAGCUAAUGAUGAUACAAAAGACUGGUGUAUUGAAGUUCCUACUAAUGCUGAUCCCAAUGAAGAUCAGUUUGCAAAGAGAAAAGCUGCCAAAAAGGAACGUGUUGCUAAGAACGAGCUGAAAAGAUUGCGGAACAUUGCAAGAGCCCAAAAACUAAAAGUUUCUGAACUCCAUACACCUACCCAAGUUGAGAAAAAACAGGAUGUGAAUCGCAAACUUGCACUUGCUAAGUAUUCAACUGCUUCUGUAGGAAAAUUUACUGAGACUUUACCAAAAGAAAAACCUGCUAAAAAUGUUGGAAGGAAAAGAAAGUUUGCACCCAAUCAUGGGGAUAUCAAAGAAGAAGCAUCACAUCAGUUGGGUCUUUUAAAGAAAAUCGCAAAUAAAAAACCAAUUAUUGAUGUUACAAAAGCUACCAAUAAACAGUUACAUGAAGAUGAAGUUGCUAGAUCCAAAGUAAACAAAAUAAAUCCCAAAAAGAAAUUUAAAGAAGGAUCAAAGAAGGCCAAAAAAGUGGAAAAACAUUUUAGUAAAAAAGCAUUAAAAGGUAGAACAUUAGGGAAGAAAAGAAGACGUUGAAAUUGUUAAUAAAUAUCCUACAUUAUAAACUUGA